AUGCAUGAUUUGAACGAGGCUCUCGACGAUCUUCGUACUGUAAUUCCCUAUGCUAAUGGUGGUUCUGUAAGGAAAUUGAGCAAGAUUGCAACAUUGCUUCUGGCUAAAAAUCAUAUUAUUAUGCAGGCCAAAGCAAUAGAAGAGUUGAGUGAAUUAGUGUCCGAAUUAAAGAAGAAGACGGGACCUGAAAAUUCCAAUUUGAAUGUGUCCCCACAGGGUGGUAGAUUUACAAUUUUGUCGUGGUGA